ACUUUUUUCAUAACAUGUAUUACGCGGUCUGACACAAAAUGCGACAAUUUACAUGUUUUUUAUUUAUACAUAUGUAUAAGCUUAUUUUUUAAUACAUGCUUUAUUCCUGAUCGACCAUUAUUGGUUUUAACACGUCUUACUUCAUGUUUAAUUGGACCUAUUUCCGCGACAAACGUUGACAGGCAGUGCUUAGGUCUAUCCUAAACAUGGCCACCAUGAUGGAGUAAAGCUUCAACUUUAAAUUUCACAUUUUUAGAAGAAAACUUAUACAUUUUCUAUAUUUUCACAGGAAUGUUUCAACGGAAGAAAUUAUAUCAGUCAUCUUAUCCAUAUGAAAUCAUUGGAGAAAGUUUCUUGUUGGAUUUAAUAAUGGUUUAAGUUGUCUGGAAGCUGGAAACGAAAAAAUAAUAAUACUUGCAUCAAUUCCGUAAGCGUUUUAAUUUCUCUCGAUAGUUUUAAAGCUUUUACAAACCUUUUGUGGGAUUUUUCAAGUUGUGGAUCUAUCUUAAUUGUAAUCAUUUUGCUGUGAAGAAUUGAAGAAACGAUUGGGAAAUAUUUUAUAAUUUGUAUGCGUUUUCUGGCAGAAAGUAAAUAUUGGUGUUCGAAGGGAGAAUUGGUGGUCGAAGGGAGAGUAGUAAUGUUCACUGACGUACUUUUAAGAAGCCAAUAAACUGAAGAAUACAUAAAGGGAUAUAACAGUUUGUAUGAUUUUUGAGGCGCCGAAAGUGCACUGGUCACUUCCCCCAUAUUUUUGAAUUGGUGGAUGAACGAGUCAGCGACACCCCUUACCCCACUUAUACUAAACGAAAGUAUGACAUUUCUCAUAUGGCUUUAAAGGUCAUGAAGGAAAUACAUCUGAACUUCUAGGUUCUAAAAGAAUGUCAUCAGAGGACAAGAGUCUGGAUCCCUCUGACCACGGACCUUCUACUCCCCUGAGCAGUACUGGGGGGCGCACCCCCUCCCCUGCCCCCAUAGACCGGCGCCCCCGCGGCCGGCCUCGUAAGGAUGCAGGCUCUGGAUUACCCACACCCAGAAAGAAGGGACGUAGCAGAGGCCGAGCCCAGGUUGAGGAUGAGGAUAGCAUGGACGGGACGGAGACUGCCGAAGCAGAGAACAUGCAGGAUAUGGAAGUUAAGGAGCUGGUUCUGGAUGUCGAGGAGGAGAUCAUGGUGCCUAGCCCCAGGGACGACAGACCCCUCUCCCCACUCUUCCAGCGCUCCGUGUCGGAGGACUCUGCAGGAUCCUCCGCCUCGACCCUGGAGCACGCCAAAGUCCGUGAAAAGCUGUGUGCCUUCUGCUACUGUGGCGAGAGGAGUUUCCUGGGCCAGGGAAACCUGAUGGUGUUUGGCCCCACGCCGGGCUAUGUGCCGCUGCACAUCCGCAACCGACGAGGCAGCUCUGAGAAGGACGAUGACUAUCACGAAGAUGACUUCCAAGAUGACCACCACGACACCAAGAGCCCAGGGCAGCGCGACGGCGGGAGGGGCCUUAAAAAGGUCAGCUCUCCGGACAGUGGUCUCCACUCCUCCUCGGCACCCGGCAGCACGGACCCCUUCAGUGAGGAACUGGCCCCUAAGUUCUGGGACGAGCUGGGUCAGAUCGGCCUCCCCGACGACAUCAAUGUCCAGUCCCUGUUUGACCCCACAGGCCAGUGCUGUGCCCAUCUGCACUGUGCCGCCUGGUCCGAGGGGGUGUGUCGCGGCGAGGCCCAGGAUUCACUGCUCUACGUGGACAAAGCCAUAGACUCAGGGAGCACAGAGUGCUGUGCAUACUGUAAGCGCCUUGGAGCAUCUAUCAAGUGCUGUGAGGAAGGCUGCUGCCGCUCCUACCAUUUCCCCUGCGCCGCCGCCGCUGGAACUUUCCAGGACCUGCGCCGACACACUCUCCUAUGCCCAGACCACCUCCAGCUGGCCUCACAAAGAUUUAAAGAGGAGGUGAAGUGCUUGUUGUGUGGCAGCGCUGGAGACCUGCAGGACCUGCUCUUCUGCAGCUCGUGCGGGCAGCACUACCACGGGGCGUGUCUGGACGUGAGUGUCACCCCCCUGAAGAGGGCCGGGUGGCAGUGCCCCGAGUGCAAAGUCUGUCUGACCUGCAGGAACCCGGGAGAGGACAGCAAGAUGCUGGUCUGUGACAUGUGCGAUAAAGGCUAUCACACCUUUUGUCUCCAGCCUACCAUGAAAUCCAUCCCCACCAACGGUUGGCGGUGCAAGAACUGUCGGGUGUGUUCUUUGUGUGGGGUCAGGCAGGCGGGCCAGUGGGCCCACAAUAUCACACUGUGCGAGGGUUGCCACGGGCAACCAGAGGAGCCCGCCCCCGCCCUUCCAUGCCCAUUGUGUGUGAGGGACCAGGGCCGCGGGGACGCCCCUAAGGACCUCCUCCUCACCUGCCACACAUGCAAGAGGUGGCUUCAUGGUGAGUGUGAGAUGCAGGCAGGGGGCAACAUGGACCUCCACCCACAGGCCGACUACAUCUGCACCGUCUGUAAGCAGGUGGAGAGCGACAUGGUGGAAACCCCGGCCAGCCCCAUCCAGGAAUCCACAGAACCAGAACCAGAACCCACUAUGGAUGUCUUUAUGGCUGUGGUGGAGGAGGAGGUUUCCCUGGAGGAGGAGGCGCGUCCAAGCCCUCUGCUGGAGGAGGAGGAGGCGCGUCCAAGCCCUCUGCUGGAGGAGGAGGAGGCGCGUCCAAGCCCUCUGCUGGAGGAGGAGGAGGCGCGUCCAAGCCCUCUGCUGGAGGAGGAGGAGGCGCGUCCAAGCCCUCUGCUGGAGGAGGAGGAGGCGCGUCCAAGCCCUCUGCUGGAGGAGGAGGAGGAGGCGCGUCCAAGCCCUCUGCUGGAGGAGGAGGAGGAGGCGCGUCCAAGCCCUCUGCUGGAGGAGGAGGAGGAGGCGCGUCCAAGCCCUCUGCUGGAGGAGGAGGAGGAGGCGCGUCCAAGCCCUCUGCUGGAGGAGGAGGAGGAGGCGCGUCCAAGCCCUCUGCUGGAGGAGGAGGAGGAGGCGCGUCCAAGCCCUCUGCUGGAGGAGGAGGAGGAGGAGGCGCGUCCAAGCCCUCUGCUGGAGGAGGAGGAGGAGGCGCGUCCAAGCCCUCUGCUGGAGGAGGAGGAGGCGCGUCCAAGCCCUCUGCUGGAGGAGGAGGAGGCGCGUCCAAGCCCUCUGCUGGAGGAGGAGGAGGCGCGUCCAGGCCCUCUGCUGGAGGAGGAGGAGGCGCGUCCAAGCCCUCUGCUGGAGGAGGAGGAGGAGGAGGCGCGUCCAAGCCCUCUGCUGGAGGAGGAGGAGGCGCGUCCAAGCCCUCUGCUGGAGGAGGAGGAGGCGCGUCCAAGCCCUCUGCUGGAGGAGGAGGAGGCGCGUCCAAGCCCUCUGCUGGAGGAGGAGGAGGCGCGUCCAAGCCCUCUGCUGGAGGAGGAGGAGGCGCGUCCAGGCCCUCUGCUGGAGGAGGAGGCGCGUCCAAGCCCUCUCCUGGAGGAGGAGGAGGGGCGCCCAAGCCCUCUGCUGGAGGAGGAGGAGGCGCGUCCAGGCCCUCGGCUGGAGGAGGAGGAGGGGGGCGUCCAGGCCCUCGGCUGGAGGAGGAGGAGGAGGCGCGUCCAGGCCCUCUGCUGGAGGAGGAGGAGGAGGCGCGUCCAGGCCCUCGGCUGGAGGAGGAGGAGGAGGCGCGUCCAGGCCCUCUGCUGGAGGAGGAGGAGCGUCCAGGCCCUCGGCUGGAGGAGGAGGAGGCGCGUCCAGGCCCUCUGCUGGAGGAGGAGGCGCGUCCAGGCCCUCUGCUGGAGGAGGAGGCGCGUCCAGGCCCUCGGCUGGAGGAGGAGGCGCGUCCAGGCCCUCGGCUGGAGGAGGAGGAGGCGCGUCCAGGCCCUCGGCUGGAGGAGGAGGAGGCGCGUCCAGGCCCUCGGCUGGAGGAGGAGGAGGCGCGUCCAGGCCCUCGGCUGGAGGAGGAGGAGGCGCGUCCAGGCCCUCGGCUGGAGGAGGAGGAGGCGCGUCCAGACCCUCUAA